GCCGAGAUUUCCCACGAACUUCGACGAACAAAUUUUCAUUGUCUUUUCUAUUGUCAAGAAUGUCAUUUGCACUUCCCGCUCGUCAGGUCACCUUCGGCAGGUCUGCUGCACCUUACCAGCAACCAAGUCAACCCUCUCAGCCCCAAGCUGCCCAACCUAAUCAUGGGCUAGCACUUCCCGGCGCUGGUGCCUAUAGUCUUCCUGUGCCAUCGAAUCUCGCGCUUCCGGGACCAUCACCACUGUCUCAAUCACAUACCCCUCCUCCUUCACAGCCUCAGCCUGCAAAUGCGACAACGGUAAUUAGUAAUGGCACUACGUCAGUGGCUGUAGCAGGUCCUUCGACGCCACCGGCCAAUGCUGUUCCCGCCACACCGGCUCCUCUCACACUUGAGCAACAACACAUCACAGCUGUGGAAGGCAUCGUGCCCACGCUGCAAAAUAUUGUUGCAACAGUUAACCUCGAUUGUCGUCUUGACCUCAAGACCAUUGCGCUGCACGCCCGGAAUGCAGAGUAUAACCCUAAGCGUUUUGCAGCUGUCAUCAUGCGUAUUCGCGAUCCCAAGACAACUGCACUUAUCUUCGCCUCGGGCAAGAUGGUCGUCACGGGCGCGAAGAGCGAAGACGACUCAAGAUUGGCGUCGCGCAAAUACGCGCGUAUCGUGCAAAAACUUGGCUUCGACGCCAAGUUCGCCGAGUUCAAGAUCCAAAACAUAGUCGGAAGUUGUGACGUGAAGUUCCCUAUUCGCUUGGAGGGUCUUGCAUAUAGUCACGGACAGUUCAGCAGUUACGAGCCUGAGUUGUUCCCCGGUCUCAUCUAUCGCAUGCUCAAGCCGAAGGUCGUGUUAUUGAUCUUCGUUUCGGGGAAGAUAGUGUUGACUGGUGCAAAGGUCAGGGAAGAGAUUUAUACUGCGUUCAACACUAUCUACACAGUGCUGUGCGAGUUUAGGAAACCUUGAUGUUGUCUCCGCUGGAGGCUUCGUCCUCUUCCUGCCUUUUAUCACACCAGGGUUCGCACUACACCGCUUGUCGACAGGGCCGCCCUGAUUCUCGACGACUCUCUUCGAUGACGGUAGUGGGCGAGGCCUAUUAUAAAAAUAUUUUUACAUGAGGGCUGACAGGCCGGGGAGCAGACGUAGUGCACGGAUAUUCCUCCUCCUCCCUCUUCACUGAUAAUCAUUUUCAUGGCCUUUCUCCUCAAUUUUAAUCACAAUUCACGCGUAAAGACCAUUCAUGUCUUUUGAACACUUAGUCGUCUUGGUAGAUCAUAUGUUACAAUAUGCUCGUAGUCUGGGUUACAAUGUUUACUGCCCACUUAUACCCAUCAU